UGUAGGUAUAGUUCCAACCUUUGAAUAUAAAAUAUAGGGUUCCAACUAAGUACCUACACUUUGACAAUAUAGUCGCAAGUGUACUGACAGAAGUCAGAAGUCAAAACUUCUUCAAAACAUGGAAAGUACUGAUGAGUUGGACGAUUUGGAUACUUCUUCCGAAUUGCAUAUAAAUCCAUACUCAAUGACCGAAGAAGAGUUGUUAAAGAAGAGCAAGCAAAGAAACAUUAGCAAAUUAAUAGUUCAGUCGUAUGUCGUACUCACAGCAUGCAUUUCGGCAAUAUCUUUUGGAACAUCAUUAGGAUGGCCUAUGUCUCAAUCUAACGUACCGAAAGAAAGCUGUCCUGAACAAACUUGGGCAUGGUCUCUAAUUCCCUUGGGGUGCUCUGUUGGAUUAAGCUUUUCCUUUUACAUGGUCAAAACGUUGGGACCGAAAAAGACUAUGCUAAUAGACACACCGUUCUAUAUGCUAUCCUACAUCGGAGUUGCAAAAGGAACAGUGUUAUGCAACUUUUUCAUCGGGAUAUGUAGCAUAGUUUAUUUCACUAACGCAGAAAAUCUUCUCGUAAAUGCCGUGCACAGGACAAAUUUGAAGUAUGCUUUAAUCAUUUUCCGCACAUCACGAAUGGUUGGCUUUCUUAUUGCGUAUUUAGUUCGAAACGCCUACGGCAAUUUUUUAUUGGCGAUGACGUGUCUCGCAAUUCCUCUUGCAAACGCAUUGCUUCUUUUGUUUUUACCGGAAAGUCCCCGAUUUUUAUACGAUAAGAGCGAAAAUCAAUGUAGAGAAUCUAUACAAUGGUACCAGGGACCGGAAAAUGUGUACACCACACUACUCCUAAUUCGAGCUGAUUACGAAGAAUCCAAAAACACAUUUACGUACAUGUUUUUAUCGAAAUCUAUAAUGAAAGCGAUUUUGGUCAUCGUCAUUCUGAACUUUUUUCGAGUUUGUUCAGGUUACCACGUGCACAUCAUCUACAGAUUGCCCUACUAUGAAAAAUCCGUCAUAGUGUUUAGCAUUUUCGCAGACAACCUAAUUUUCGCAAUCAAUUUGAUAGUAAGUAACUUUUUUGGAAAUUGCUUCCAUAUUUUUUUCAAUUUUAGAAUACGGCGGUCACUAUUAAUUAGCAGCACUCUCACUAGUAUAGCUUUAAUGAUGCAGGCAUUUCAUAUGCUUUUUCUACACCGGAAAUACAGAAACGCUCUUUUCUUGAAGAAUUCUUACGUCCAAGUGAUUUUAGAAAAUAUGCUAGUGGUCGCCUAUGAAGUAGGAUACAGUAUCUGCGCAGAUCUUCUUGUAUAUGAUUAUGUACCCCGUCAGUUACAUAGGGUGGCUAAACUUGUGAUAUAUUCUUUGCACUGGCUUUGUGUAUGUGUAGUUACAAAGUAUUUUAUUAUUUUAUACGCGUGUGAACUCCAUUAUAUUCCAUAUUUUGUAUUAGGAAUUGCAUCGCUUAUAGGAACUAUGUACUGCUAUUAUUGUAUUAUCGAGCCAAAGGGAAAAAAUUUGGCACAGUUGCAAAUGGAACUGGGCGGAAACCCAGUAGGUAGCAGAGGUAAUAGGAAACAUAUUCUUUUCUAUUUAAAUAGCAAUGUUUAAUCAUCUGCUUGUAUUAUCUACUGUGAAACUUUUUUUUAUGUAAUAAAAACUUCAUUUUUAAAACUUCUAGUAGGUACUCAAAAACAGUAAUAUUGUAUGCAGUGUA